AAAAAAAGAAAAAGAAAAAGAAAAAGAAAGAAGAGGGUGGGAUCAAAGUUUAUCCAAAGUUAAGAAUUGAAGAGAGAAGAGUAGAACCAAAGUCAUAAAAUAUAACAAUGUUGUAACUCAUAUGCAAAGUAUAUAUUAAAAUAUAAAUAUCUAUAAUUUUACAAAGAAUCGAUAAAAUGACCACAUUGACAAAUAUAUUGUAAUAAAUAAUUAUAUUUUCAUAUGAAUAUGAAUAUGAAACUUAUGGAACACUAAUUUGAAUAGUUGAUGGUAACCAGUAAAUUAAAUUCAUCCAAACAUAUGUUAGUAAUAAGUAAUAAAUAAAUUUAGAUUCGUCGAAAGAUAUGUAGUUGUAAAUUUGUAAUCUCAACCUCCUCAAUCCUAAACAUACUAACUAAUUUACUCUCUAACAAGAACCCACUACUAACCUCCCCAUCUUUGUCCGCCACCGCCACCUCCAAAUGCGGUGGCCGGCCUUCAAGAUCCGCGGCCUUGGCCUCAUCGCCAUAUCAUAUGUCUCCAUCGACUACCUCACCCACCUCUCGCCGACAUGGCAUUCCCGUCUCCAGCCAGCUCUCUGGUCCCUUCUUGCCCUUGCCGCCAUCUUUCGUAUUCCCUUCUACAAGCACUGGUCCUCCGAGUUCCGUUCCGCCAUUCCAUUUCUCGCCUCCAUGCUCUUUAUGCUCACCGCUCUUCUCUUUGAAGCCCUCUCCGUUCGAUUCGUCACCGCUGUCCUUGGUCUCGACUGGCACAGUGACGCAGCUCCUCUUCCUGAUACUGGCCAAUGGCUACUCUUGGCCUUGAACGAGAAACUUCCUCCAGCUGUUGUGGAGAUAUUGAGAGCUCGGAUUAUUGGAUUGCACCAUUUCCUAAUGUUGUUCAUUAUGUUGGCGUUCUCUGUGCUUUUUGACUCGGUUAGAGCUCCUGGACUUGGACUUGGUGCAAGGUAUAUGUUCACCAUGGCAAUCGGUCGACUUCUUAGAGCCAUAACUUUUGUAUCUACAAUUCUACCAUCUGCAAGGCCAUGGUGUGCUUAUUCUCGAUUCAGAGUCCCUCCAUACCCUCAUCGUUGGGCACAGAAGUACUAUGUUCCUUAUGCUGAAGAUGCUGAUACAAUUCGCCAGUUGUUAAAUCAGGACAUAGCAUUUGCUGAUCCCGGACAGAUUCUUGGUGACUACAGACCUGAUUGGGGUAAAAUGAGCUUCUUACUAGAUUUCCUUCGACCGACACCCUCUGAAGGAUCUUCUUGGUACAAUUUGCUGAAGAAGGCUGGAGGUGGCUGCAACGACCUUGUAUACAGUGGCCACAUGCUCGUUGCUGUUCUCACUGCCAUGGCAUGGACGGAGGCUUAUGGAGGUCUUAGCUCAGCUGUUGUAUGGCUUUUCGUAAUACACAGUGCUCAGCGUGAAAUACGAGAACGCCAUCAUUACUCUGUCGAUUGUGUUGUUGCAAUAUAUGUUGGGAUUCUCUUGUGGAAAAUGACUGGCUUCAUUUGGUCAGGUAAAGACGUCAAGAGACGUAGAAAGCUAGCGAAGUUGGAGAAGAUUCAAAAUAAACUAGUACAAGCUGCAAAAGAUGCAGAUAUUGAUGAGGUGAGAGAACUUCUAAAGGGAAUAGAGGUAACUAGUCAAGAGAGUGACAAUGAAAGUAAUCGAGGCCAGAGCGGAGUGUUGUGGUUCUUUGCUUGUGCAACAAUAUUUGCUGCACUUGUUAUUGUUCUUCUAGCCUUCACAUGGACAAGUGAUGGAUAAAUUUACUUGGAGCAAUGACACGUUCCACGGGCUCACGAAUACUGAUUAUCUUAUGCAAAGUUUUGUAUCGGUAUCCGAUUCUACCUCUGCCAAAGAAGGGAAAAAACGAAAAAAGAUCUUGUUUAGUUUAUGGCUAGGAUUUGUGGUGAAUGUUGUUUUCUUGUAGAGUGUAAUGAAUGGUGAUAUGGUUUUAGAUUGUGAUGUUUGACAAGUUAAUUAGAAGCUGUGUUGUCUUGAA